AUGUCCUUAGAGGGAUUGGUCGAAAUCGGUUCGAAAGAAUACAAAAAAUUUUUCAGAUCAGAUGCUGAAUUGGCUACAUUUGCCCCGGGCAGAGUGAACCUAAUUGGGGAACACACAGAUUACAACGAUGGAUUUGUAUUUCCAAUGGCUAUUCCAUUAGUUACUGUUAUGGUUGGUGGGAGAUCGCGAAAUUCGACGUGUUGUAUUGUAACAAUGUGCUCUGAUGUCGAUGAUCCUAAAAUGAUUGAAUUUUCUGUAGAUUCAAUAAAAGCUCUUGUAUCAGGUUAUCCUAAAUGGGCAAAUUAUGUCAAAGGAGUUUUAGCUUUUCAUCCUAACAAAGAUAAGAUUCCACCUUUCAAUGUUAUCAUUGUUUCAUCUGUUCCCUGUGGUGGCGGCCUUUCAAGUUCUGCUGCAUUAGAGAUGGCGAUGCACACAUUUGUUGAUCAUUUGCUUGAAAUUAAAGUCAAUAGCGUGGAAUAUAUGAAGUCAAAAGCGUUUACUUGUCAAAAAUCUGAACAUCUAUUUGCAAACGUUCCCUGUGGUAUCAUGGAUCAAAUGAUAUCAGCAAUGGCAAAAAAGGAUCACGCCAUGUUAAUGGAUUGCAGGUUGUCGCUGGAUGUGAAGUUAAUUAACUUUCCAAGUGAAAAUGUUUCAGUUUUGGUAACAAAUUCAAAUGUGAAACACGAACUGAGUAGUGGAGAAUACGAAGUACGUCGAAAACAAUGCGAAAAAGCGGCUUUAUUAAUGAAUGUACCCAAAUUGAGAGAUGCUACUCUUGAUACCUUACAGGGCUAUAAAGAAAUUUUUGAUGACGUCACUUAUAGAAGAGCAAAGCACGUGAUCAGCGAAAAUGGCAGGUGUGUCCAAGCUGCAAACGCUAUUCAAAAUGGCCAAUAUAAAAAAUUUGGAAAGUUGAUGAUUGAAAGUCACUGUUCUCUGAGAGACGAUUACGAAGUAUCAUGUUCUGAACUGGAUGAAUUAGUCAAGUUAGCAAUGGAAGUCGAUGGAGUUUUCGGUUCAAGAAUGACAGGAGGUGGAUUUGGGGGAUGCACAGUAACGCUCCUUCAGAAAGAGUCUGUCGAACCUUUCCUAAAACAUGUGCAGGAAAGCUACACAGGAAAAGCAAGUUUUUAUUUGUGUGAACCAUUUCAUGGAGCACAAGAAAUAUCCUUAUGA